GUGAUGUUCAGCAGAGUUGCACGAGCGCGAGUGCCUGCCUCGAUCCUUCGCAGACCUACACUAGCACAGCAAACACCCAGGCUUUUCGCAAUGGCACCGGCACGGAAGCAGUCUUCUCUGCCAGCAGGCUACAAGGAGGACCACAGCAAAGGUGCAAUGCUGCGCUUCGAGGACUCCCUCCCGCGUCUCCCAGUCCCCACGCUCGAAGAGACCGCCAAGCGGUACCUCAAAUCCGUUCACCCGCUCCUCUCCCAGAGCGAGUACGAUGCGACUACAAAAGCUGUCAACGAGUUUGUAGCUCCUGGCGGGCCCGGAGAGAAACUCCAGAAGCGCUUGGUGGAGCGGAGAGAACGCCCAGAAGUGAAGAACUGGAUCUAUGACUGGUGGAAUGAGGCAGCAUACAUGGCUUACCGCGACCCGGUCGUGCCAUAUGUCAGCUACUUCUACUCGCACCGCGACGACAAGAAGCGAAGAAACCCCGCCAAGCGCGCAGCUGCCAUUUCCACCGCAGUUCUGGAGUUCAAGAAGAUGGUCGACAAUGGCAGUCUGGAGCCCGAGUACAUGAAGAAGCUGCCCAUGGCCAUGAGCUCGUACGAGUUCAUGUUCAACUUCUGCCGUGUCCCCAAGAAGCCGUCAGACACCGGUGUCAAGUACAACUUCAAGGAGAACCAGCACAUCAUUGCCAUCCGCAAGAACCAGUUCUGGAAGAUCCCUCACGAGAUCAAUGGCAAGCAGCUGAACACCAGCGAGCUCCAGCUCCAGUUUGAGCGCGUCUACGAAAAGGCCGAGAAGUCGCCCGCAGUCGGCAUCCUCACAUCACAAAACCGCGAUGUCUGGUCAGACGUAUACCCCAAGCUCAAGGCCGCCUCGGACAACAACGCCGCAUCUGUCAAGGAUAUUGAGGCUGCCUCCUUCAUCGUCUGCUUAGACGACGCAUCGCCCGUCACCCUCGAAGAGCGCGCGCACCAGUACUGGCACGGCGACGGCUCCAACCGCUGGUUCGACAAGCCCCUGCAAUUCAUCGUCAACGACAACGGCACAUCCGGCUUCAUGGGCGAGCACUCGAUGAUGGACGGCACCCCCACGCACCGCCUCAACGACUACGCCAACCAGCAAAUCUUCACCAACGCCCUCCCCUUCGACGACCCAAACAUCCGCUCCGACCUGCCCAACCCCAAGCCCCUCCGCUUCGACAUCAACGAGCAAUUGAAACAAGACAUCUCCGACGCCCAAUCCCACUUCUCCCGAUACCAAAUCGGCGCGCACGAGCUCCGUGUCCAGGCAUACCAGGGCUACGGCAAGGGGCUGAUUAAGAAAUUCAAAUGCAGCCCCGACGCAUACGUGCAGAUGAUCAUCCAACUCGCAUACCACAAGUUCUACGGCAAGAACCGCCCGACGUACGAGUCGGCUGCUACGCGCCGCUUCCAGCAGGGCCGCACGGAAACAUGCCGCACCGUCUCUGACGAAUCCGUCGCCUUCUGCGCAGCCAUGAACGGCUCCGACGCCUCCCCGGAGGAGUGCCAGAAACUCUUCCGCGCGGCGCUGGACGCGCACGUCAAGUACAUCAGCGACGCAUCUGACGGCCGCGGUGUCGACCGCCAUCUCUUCGGGCUGAAGAAGUGCCUGCAGGCCGGCGAGGAGGUGCCCGCGCUGUACCAAGAUCCCGCUUACACCUACAGCUCGACGUGGUUUAUCAGCUCGAGCCAGUUGAGCAGCGAGUACUUUAAUGGGUACGGGUGGAGUCAGGUUGUGGAUGAUGGCUGGGGGCUGGCGUACAUGAUUAAUGAGAACAGCAUCCAGUUUAAUGUUUGCAGUAAGGGUUUGGGAUCGGAGAAGAUGAGCUUCUAUCUCAAUGAGGCGGCCGGCGAUAUUAGGGAUAUGAUGCUGCCCACGCUCGAUGCGCCCAAGGCGAAGUUGUAGACGGACAAGUACUUGAUGCCAGAUAUGGGUGCAUAUUGACUAUGUUCUUGGAUAGGUGUGCGAAUAGGUGCUUUCACUUCUGUCCGUGGUAGAUUAGCAUGCAUAUAGAAAGAGGAAAGAAUCCGAUUUUCGAGUCAAACAU